CCGGAACCUGGGUUAUAAAGUUAAAGAAGGCGGAACCUGCGCUGGCUUUUUUUCCCAAUUCCUUUCACCGUCUCCUUCAGGCCUGAGCUCGAGCUCGCCCACCGGGCUCACUUGCCGUCGUCAUGGCCCUCAGCGAUGCUGACGUGCAGAAACAGAUCAAGCAUAUGAUGGCUUUUAUUGAACAAGAAGCCAAUGAAAAAGCAGAAGAAAUAGAUGCAAAAGCAGAAGAAGAGUUCAACAUUGAGAAGGGUCGUCUUGUGCAGACCCAGAGACUGAAGAUUAUGGAAUACUAUGAGAAGAAAGAAAAGCAGAUAGAGCAGCAGAAAAAAAUUCAGAUGUCCAAUUUGAUGAAUCAAGCAAGACUCAAAGUCCUUAGAGCAAGAGAUGACCUUAUUACAGACCUACUAAAUGAAGCAAAACAGAGACUCGGCAAGGUGGUAAAAGACACUACUAGGUACCAAGUGCUGCUGGAUGGACUGGUCCUCCAGGGUUUGUACCAGUUACUGGAGCCCCGGAUGAUUGUUUGUUGCCGGAAACAGGAUUUCCCUCUGGUAAAGGCUGCCGUGCAGAAAGCAAUCCCUAUGUACAAAAUCGCCACCAAAAGAGAUGUUGAUGUCCAAAUUGAUCAGGAGACCUACCUGCCUGAUGAGAUAGCUGGUGGAGUUGAGAUCUAUAAUGGGGAUCGUAAAAUAAAGGUUUCCAAUACCCUAGAAAGCCGACUGGAUCUCAUAGCUCAGCAGAUGAUGCCAGAGGUACGAGGAGCCUUGUUUGGUGCAAAUGCCAACAGGAAGUUUUUGGACUAAGCCUAUGGGAGGUGGAGUUCAUGCACUGCUCCGACAUGGAAGUUUCUGAUAUUUGAAGACAGAAUGAUCUGUGUAGCUUCCUCUCUGCUGUUCUAAUAUUCUGUAUGUAUCAGUGGAUAUCCUGUACUAACGCCCUCGCCUAAUUGUUAACAAUGGAAGAAAGUUUCAUUUAAUGUGAUCAGGAACCUACCUAAAGCUUAUCUAAAGUAACACAACUUGCAGUUGAUUCUGCAGCAUGAAGGUGUCAUCCGGUGGUGGUUGCAUGGACGUCACCCAGUCUUCUGCUUUUCCUCUGCUCUAGUUCUCUCCAGAGGUGGUGUGUGCGGUGCCUGCAGCAAGUCUGCGCUCUAGGCUCAGUGUGCACGUGGCCUGCGCUCCCCCGCAGUAGUCGCUUCACCGUCACCCCUUGAGCCUAGCAGUGCUCCUUAUCUGUGACUGUGAUGUCAGAUCUCAGCCGUGAUGCUUUAUUUAUUAAAACGCUUAAAUGAA